CCAUCACUUUUUUUUUUCAUUUCCCAUUUUGUUACUGUUGCAGAGAUGGAGGACCGCCGCCGGCGAGCCGGAGGUGGGAAGGACCGGAUCAGCGGCCUUCCUGACGAGCUGCUGCACGUCAUCCUCCGCUGCCUCCGCUCUGCGCCCGCCGCCGCGCGCACCAGCGCGCUCUCCCGCCGCUGGCGUCGCGUCUGGGCCCACAGAUCAGAUCUAGUUUUUGGUGACGACCUAAUUCGUGGCGUGGAGGGCGGCGGAAUCUCGUUCCUCGACGCCUUAGACGCCGCCCUCGCCGCCUACUCCGACGACCCGGCCGUCCACGUCGGCAGACUCAAGAUCACCGUGCCUCGGACAUGCGGGGCGAAGGUGACCGGCCGCCGCGUCGCGCCGUGGCUGCGUUUCGCGUCGCGACGCCUCGCGGGCACGUUCUACCUCUUUGUGCCUUAUCAUUGGCAUCCAUCGCCGCGGGCCAACCUCGAGGACGACGAGCUCGAGCUGCCCCCGUCCGGCGGAGCGACGGUGAUAGACCUUCGGCUCGGAUCACGGUUCCACCUCCAUAUCCUGCCGGCCGGCACUUUCGCAGUGCUGGCUGACCUGAAGAUCCACUCAGCCACCGUGGUGGGCCGGGAGCUGGAGGUCCUCGUGUCCUCGCAGUGCCCGCGCUUGCGGAAUCUCGAUCUGGUCGUCAACCUGCUCGCCGCCUCUGACAUCGCCGUGCGCUCCUCCACGUUACGGAGACUGAAGUUCUAUGUGCUGGACACACGCCGGCUUCACAUCGCCGCUCCUAUGCUCGAAGUUCUGGAUGUUUCACAGGUCGCCGAUGCCCACAUCGCUGCACCGAAUCUCGUCGAGGUUCUCUUGAGCAGCACAAAUGUUUUCUUUGCCGACACCGGGCGCCAUCUCCGGCGGUUAGCCAUCAUGUUGUGCUCUGCGACGGCACCGUUGAUGCGGCGGCUCGACUCGGUCAACUAUUUGCAACUUCAAAUCCCCAGUGUAACAGGGCGCUACAGGACAGGGUGGCACGAACUUCUUCCGAAGUGUGAGAUCUUGUGUGUAUCAUCCUCAGGGUUGAAUGUCCAUGCCUUUGAACCAUUCUUGCUGCAUCUCCUGAGGAAAGGAAACACUAUACGGAAGCUGCUUCUAUACUUCGCAUUUCCUUUGAUGAAACCUUACUGCUCUUUGGAUUGUCCCUGCCGGUUACCUGUGAGUCCCAUGACGAAUAAAACUAUCCUUGAUUCACUUGAAGAGAUAGAGAUACAUGUCGGAGGAUCAGCGCAUAAAGUGGAUAAAUUUGUGGAGUUGCUAAAGCAGUUGUUGUCCAAUAUAUGGAGCACAACAACACUAGUGAAGCUUAAGAGUGUGGAAAUGAACAUGUUGUGCCCUGAUUCUCCCCUAAGCGACGAGCUAUGCAAGAAGAUCCGUGGGAUGUGUCCUUCAAAUAUCAGAAUCAAAUCUAAUGUGUUUCCUGAGGGGCUCCCUCAGGAUUAGAAACUAUUCCUGUAGGAGCUCUGUGCAUGUGAGGUUGGACCAUGUUCAGAACAUAAAUCAUGUUAUGCUCUAUUGAGAAAGUCAUUGUAUGUGCUUUAUUAAACGUUGUUUAGCCGAUAGUUGUCUCCUUGUCAGCUCUCCGUCCUAGCUGUCAAAGCCUGUUUUGGCUCUGUUUUCUGAACUUUGUAACCUGUUUGUACUGUAUUAUCAGUGAAAGCAGCUGUGUUUGCCUUUGGUAAAAAUUGAAAAAAAGCCGUGGUAUGUGAUA